GUCACAUGAGCAGCUGAUCUCCGCUUCCUCUCUCUGGAUGGCUGCAGGAUUUUCAAGCUCCUCUGGUUCAGCGCUAGCAAAGGAGCCGCUCCGUUCUUUUAUACUCUAAAUCCAAAAGCCUUUCGAGCCACGAUAGGCUGUAGAUUUAUCUGGAAGUGUACGAUUAGGUAGCCAAACUGGCGCUGUUGGUUGAGUGGAUGAUGAACGGCCACGCCAUUCUCUACACCGGGGUCACUUUGGCCUUCUGGAGCACCAUCCUCAUCGUCGGAAUCUGCUAUACAAUCUUUGACCUCGGAUUCAGAUUUGAUGUGGCAUGGUUUUUAACAGAGACGUCCCCGUACAUGUGGGCCAACCUUGGGAUCGGCCUGGCUAUCUCACUGUCUGUGGUUGGAGCCGCUUGGGGAAUUUAUAUCACCGGCUCCAGCAUCAUUGGAGGAGGUGUCAAAGCCCCGAGAAUUAAGACCAAGAACCUUGUCAGUAUAAUCUUUUGUGAAGCUGUUGCCAUUUAUGGGAUCAUCAUGGCAAUUGUCAUAAGUAACAUGGCAGAGACUUUCUCUGGCACAACUCCAGAGACAAUUGGAGCAAGGAACUACCUAGCAGGCUACUCCAUGUUCGGGGCAGGUCUCACUGUUGGCUUUUCCAAUCUCUUCUGUGGCAUCUGCGUGGGCAUCGUGGGCAGUGGGGCUGCUUUAGCUGAUGCCCAGAACGGCAGCCUCUUUGUUAAGAUUCUCAUCGUGGAAAUCUUUGGCAGUGCCAUCGGGCUGUUCGGCGUCAUCGUAGCCAUCUUGCAGACAUCAAAAAUAAAAAUGGGAGAUUAGAGAAUCCGACCUAUCUGCAAGACCAACAGCAAAGGAGUACGACGCUGUGUUGGAUACACAGCCCGACUAUGUAAAUACAUAGUAAAUUAUUUAAAUGUAUUUUCUUUCUUUUUUUCUUUUAUUCCCCCCUCCUGUGUCUGUUUUUAACCAUUGUUUACCGAAGAGUGAAACAUUCACACCACUUUGUCUUAAAGGAAUGCAUGUUUAAGUCAAACACAGGUCUUUAAGACAUGUUUCACACAAGUGAACCUCAGAAGAAGCAGGUGUGACAUUGGCCCUAUUAUUGAAGUAUAAGAUAUGAGAGUUGUAUUGAAUCCUUGAGGUUAUUUUUAUUUGAAUUGUAUGAAUACAUGUGUAAAAAAAAAUAUAUAUAGAUAUACUUAGAUAGAAGAUUCUGUAGAGUAGAAUCCCAUCAUGCGAAGACCGGACUGUAGUCACUCCUACAGACAUCUGAACACUCUGUGAAUGAUUACGCGGUACUUUGGUGAAAGUUUUGAACUUCUCUAGGGCUGUGUAGCUUGCUGUGGUUUGCUGUUCUGUACAACACAAAAAAAAAAAAAAAGUGAAAUGAUGUUGUUUGUAUGUAGUAUGGCUGUCUGAAGUGUUACUAUUUCAUGGUAUGGAGAUGCGUUUGUCAGAUCUAUUGUAAAUUCUAUAGCCAGAACAAUUCUGGUAUACUUUGAAUAUUGUUCAUUCUUGUGUGUGUGUGCGUGCGAGUGCUGUUUGUUCAUCUGCAAAGCCAUUAAUCGACGAGGAGAUCUAUCAUUAUCCCAAUCUGUUAGUGAAACACACUUAAUUUGAUGUUAAUAGUGUUUGUAUUUGCAUUUGCACCGGGACACACUUCAGUUCUGAUGAAUGAGAGGAUGUAUAAAUCUAAUGUUUAUAAGAGUAUCUUUAAAAAUCAUGUGAGGCAUGAGAUUGUAUAGCAUUCCAUAUUUCUCCUACUCUGUGGUGAUCUGGGGUUUUUCCUCCCCUCUGUUUUUGUUUAAUGAAGUAAAAUGCACAGGUAACUGUGCUGAAAUGUUUUCAGCCUGCUUAGCUCUUAGCUCUGGAGAUGAGCUUACCGGGAUGGGUGCCACUGCAAAGGAUUUGUGUUGCAGUCGGUUCGUUUCGGACGGCUUUUUGACAGCGAAUAGGCGGCAGGAAGUUACAGCUCUACCUUUAGAGAGUUACAGCUCCUGACUCUACAUUUUCUGUUUCUUUCUCUAGUAAUGUUUGUGUCGUCCCGGGACAUGCAAUACAAAGCGCUUCAGUGAAUUCUAGCUUCUAAGAAAAGACUUGAACUGUUCAGUAAAGUCACUAAAUAAUCCUGCUUUAGUAUGUUUGAAUACAUUGAGAUUUAUUUUUUAUUUUUGGUAAAUCACACUGGAAGCCACACCCAGUCUUUUACAAAACCACCACUGAUGCUUUAUUGUUUAGCGUAUACACAUUGUUUUGAAAGCAUUCCAGUAAAUUUAUCUUGAUGUCAGUGCUUGGAGUUCUCUGAAGGUAAAGAAGGGCCCUAUUAGCAACUUGGCCACUUUCACGUGCCUUGCUAAUGCGGCUUGUCCACAUUUAUGCCUAACUGUCUGCUUGUAAUUCUUGAUUCUCUCUGUCCACCAAGCAUCCAGUGAUUGUGUUUAUGUUCAUGUGGUGAUUUGUUUUGAAACGUAAAAGUGGAUGACUUUCAUAAAUAGUCCUCGAACAAAUAAAUACAUCAAACUUG